CUCCUCUCGAAAGGAAGGAGAGAAGUCGUUUUGAGGGAAUCACGUGACUCAGAAGCACCAGCCGCAUUCUGGACCUAGACGAAAUCCGAACGUCGCCUCGUAGACUGAUAACUUUAGAAACGCAUUCUAGGUGUUACUGUGGAUAGAUGAGUGGGCGUCAAGAUGGCUCAGUGGCAGGAGCUCUGCAGGUUGGACGCGGCCUUCCAGGCCGAAGUGAGCCGCUUGUAUGAAAAGCGAUUCCCCCGGCAUAUCCGACACCAUCUGAGUGUUUGGAUCGAGAACCAGGACUGGUACUCGGCAUCUCUCAACGAGCAAAAAGCAAGGACUUGUUUCAACUCUCUCCUGGUUUACUUGGCGGAAGAGUGGAGGGGCCACAUUAGGGAUAACAACAUUUUGCAGGGACCUGAUCUUAUAGGAAUCAAAGACUACAUAAUGAAUACUUUUGAGAACCAGCCAAAGAACCUAGCUGCUAUCCUGUUUGAGUGCCUCGCAGAGGAGAAGAAAAUUCUGCAUUCAGCACAGGGAACGAGGCCGAUACCACUGGACAUUCAAAUUACCGAACUGAAGAUGUUUCUGGAAGUCAUCAACGGCAUUAUGAAAAGGCUGCAUGAAAAUUCCAAUUCUAACCACGGGGAACAGCAGCAUCCUCAGGAUGUGGGGGAACAUCCCAAUUUUAUUGUGCAAACAAAACAGAGUGUCCUCAAGCAAAUCCACAGCGUUUUAGAGACUGCAAAGGACGUAGUGGAGAGGCUGACUUUGGUGGAGUUGCCCGAGUGGAAGCGAAGGCAACAGAUGGCCUGCAUUGGGAAACCUGUUGACACCAGCUUAGACCAACUGCAGAACUGGUUUACAAAUGUGACUGAGGUGCUCCAACAAAUCAAGCGGCAUCUGUCAAAGCUGCUAAACCCUGAAGUGAACAAUAACGGACCCGUUCACCCUGUUGCUGAAUUGAAUACCUUCACACAGUCUCUGCUCACUCAUAUUGUUUCCAAUGCUUUAGUAGUGGAACAACAACCUGUCAUGUCCAAUAUGCCAAGUAUAGAGCAACCUUUGAUAAUUAAGACCAAGGGACGCUUCACUGUGAAACUGAGGUUCCUGGUCAAUCUUCCAGAAUUCCAAUACCGUCUUAAGGUCAAACCCGUUUUUGACAAGGAUGUUGCUGAAAAAAAUACACUGAAAGGCUUCCGUCGCUUCAAUUUCAAAGACGACUUGAGCAAGGUGGUGGAUCUGAACACAGCGGGUGAUGGUUUGGUGGCUGAAUUUGACAUGAUUAUUCAGGAAAGCCAAAAGAGAGCUCUGGGAUCAAAUGAGAGUUGUUUGAGUGUCCCAGAAGAACUCCACGUCAUAAAAUUUGUGACGGAAUAUCAGCGUGUACAAAUCGAGGCCAGUUCUCUACCGGUGGUCGUCAUAUCUGGUGACUCUCAGUUUGCCAGUGCCUGGGCGUCCGUCUUGUGGUAUAACUACUCCAACAGUGGACCAAUGGCGCUGUCAUUCUUUUGCAAUCCUCCGCCGCUGCCCUGGUGGGAACUCGCCGACAUUCUGAGCUGGCAAUUUCUGUCUAUCGGAAAACGGCCGCUCGACAAAAAACAACUGUCCAUGCUCAGAGGCAAAUUUGUUGAGGACGCUGACGGUUUUGUCCACUGGAAGACGUUUUCCCUGAGUCCCCGUAAAACAAGCGUGUGGUUUUGGCUGGCGGGAAUCCUGGAUUUGAUCAAAAAACAUUUGUUGGAACUGUGGCGCAAUGGGCUCAUCAUGGGCUUCGUAAGUCGAAAGGAACUUAUGAACCUGUUGAAGGACAAAAAGACGGGCACCUUCUUGCUCCGCUUCAGUGAAACCAACCAAGAUGGCGCAAUCAGCUUUAGCUGGGUGGAACACAAAAACGGAGAGGCCGAAGUGCAUUCGAUUAAGCCCUACAAAAAGGUGGAACUGGAGACAACACCCUUGCCUGAUUUGAUUUACAACUACGGCAUCCAAAUUCAGGGCUGCGUAACCAAGAAUCCGCUGCUCUAUCUCUACCCGGACAAGGACAGAGACACUGCUUUUGGCGCUUACUACACCCCUUCCGAGACACAGCAACCUGGAACUGGUUAUUUGGGACGAAAACUCAUCCCCGUGACAAAUAUGCCGACACCUCCUCCUUCUCCACCCCCAGAUCGGGCCAUGGUAGACGUGCCUCCCUCGAUGGACAACAUGCCCGGUGCCCAUUCCUCACGGAUGGAGCUUCUCAAUGACAUGUUCUUCUCAGUCUUGCCAGAAGAAUUUGUUGGCGACUUCAUUUCCCCGUGAAAAUAUUUGAGGCAAUGUUUUUACACUGCGUACCUAUAGAUACUUAUUGUUGACCGUCCAAGAAUUUGGGCCCGAGCAUCAACUGACGCGAGAGCCAUAUUGUAAUGCAAAUGUUGAUCAUUAUUAUUUCUUCAUGGCAAAUGAAAAUGGUCAAUUUGGAGGCGUGAACAUGCUCGAAAACUCACCAAAAUUUGCACAUACACCAUACACAUACGUAAAUUUAGAUAAUUUUGCAACGUUGCCAAAACACUUAACAAAAUUGCUCAGUGGCACCCCGUUGAAUUUUUAGAAAAGGCCUCUCCAUUUAGGUUUUUUUAACGUACAGCGAUGACAUUUGGGGAGUCGAUACGUUGUGCAAAACUGCUCCAAAAAGUCUCUUGCACCCAUAUUCCAAACCCAACAGGAAGUCAGGUAUUUUGGAUUGAAUAUUAAAAAGCAUGAAAUUUUAAUCGAUAAACAGCGGGCACGUUUGAGAACUUGGCGCCUACGCAGUUGAUUGGAUACUCCUCAAAAUUGGUGAGACUGUUCAUGAGACAUAUGAGCUGUUAAGUUAUCAAAAUGGUGAGUUUUCAUUCACGGGCCUGACCAGGGCAAGGUACCAAAGUUGGGCGUUUUUUUGGCAACACGCCAAAUUCCGUAAAUGACUAAUAACUUCCUGAUACAAGGUGCAUUUUUUUUCAUAUCUGGCAUGCAUGAGAGGUAUCCUGGCCUGAACAUGACUGCAUUGAAAUAUUACCCAUUAGGCCUGGCGCCCCCUAGUGGGAACAGGAAACACCCUUUUUUACGAGAAAUGCUGCUCCUCCUAAGUAAAAAAAAUAGUAGUUCUAAAAACGUUCUAAAGUCACACAGCUUGAGAAAUAGUUCUACUGUGACGAUUUCUCAAUAAUAUUUCACAGCUGUCUUUCAAGAUCUCACCAAGAGACAACUAUGAGAUUUUGUGUUGAUCUCAAAUGCGUCUCAAUUUGAGCUCCUUACUUGGACUCAGUAUCUCAGUCAGUGAAAGAUAUUGCCUCAGAGCUGCCUCUUUUCUUGAUCUCGCCAAGCAACCAAGUAUUUUCUCCACAAUAGGGCUCUCAUGCUAUUUGGACAAAUGAUGCUUCAUUUCUGUCAUUUUUUUUUUCCUUUCGCUGGAAUUCAAUGAUUCCCCCCCCCCCUUUGGCUUAAUGUGGUUAUGUAAUGUAUUAUUGUACAGUAUAAUAAUAGUUCAUAUAGAUAACUUUGUGCUGAGAAAACAUGUCUUUAAAAAAAUAAAAAAAUAAAAACAUCAUAAGCAGUUACUUGCAAUGUUACUCAUUACUUUUGUAUUCUUUUCACCAAACACAUUUUUACUUGUACUUGUAUUUUUUUGGAAGACUACUUUCACUUUUACCAGAAUACCGUAUUCCUCGGACUUCUUUUUUCCCUCAUUUUGAAUCGUGCGGCUUAUUUGUUGAUUUAUUUGGGUUAAUAGGUAACACUCUGACAACGGCAUCAUGAGACUGCCAUUAGACCGCCAUAAUUAUG